AUGGUCGCGGCUGCCGGAAGGCUCCGCGGCGGCUCCCGCCCCGCCCCGCGGGGCCCGCUCCCCAACGGCGCGGCCGGGGCCCGGUCCUGCGAGUCGGGCCCGCUCCCCCGCCCUCUGCGCCCCCGCCCGCGCCGAGCGGCCCAAGCGCGGGAGCCGCGCGCGCCCUGCGGGACGCACCAUCCCGCCGGCCGCCGAGGGGGAGCGCCGAGCAGCCGGCUGACAGCCGGCGCCGCCCUGCGGCUCCGCGGCGGCCCGCGGCUCCGAGGGCACAAGCACCGCACAACCCGGUCCGCAGACCCGGAGCCCGUGGCCGCCGCCUCCUCACAAGGGGGCCCUGGGGACGCGCAGAAACGCGCCCCCCCCCCCUUGGCGCGGCCCGAGUGGGCCGGUCCCGGGAAAGAAGGGAACGCGGAGGCCCCUCCCGUCAACACGCGCGGACGCCCGGGCGGCGCACGCGCGCGCGGCGGAGGGGGCGGGGCUUGCCGCCGGCCGGCGGAGGCGAUGGCGGCGCGAGCCGGCCUCGGGCCACAGGGGAGCUCACGUCGCCGGCUGCUGCCAGACGGGACCCGAGGACAUUCUUCAGUGAAGCUGGCAAUUUCUCCUUUAGUUUUCCUCCUGCGAGUGCAUGGCGGCGAGGACUCUCAUCCCACUGCUCUGAUGUGCGCUCCAGUCCCCGCUCUCAGGUUUGCACACCACUGCCUCCGCACCCUCGGUGAAAAUGUCAACCCAGUGACAAAAGCAAGCCGUGUCUUAGUGUUAUUGUGAAAAUAGCUUUGACCUCCUAGACCUGCUGGAAGGGCCCGAGGGGCGUCUCAGGGUUUAUGGACCCACGCUUUGAAAACCAUUCACCUAAAGGAUCCAGGAUCCUUCAGUCCAUUUUAUGACCACGAGAGGGAAAGUUAACAUAGCCCCGGAACAAGAGCAUAAAUGUUUGCCGUUGGCUGUUCCAAGUGCCUGUUCGAACUGCUUUGAUUCUCCUGUCUGACGGGAGUGGAAAACAGCUCAGUGACCAGGCCAGUGGCUGGCUGCAUACCGGGUUGUGAAAGCUGUGUUAAUCCACUCCAGCCGGCGUGCCAAUUCAGCUGCACCUGCACGGGCUGUGCAACUGUGCUACUAAUGCUUGAUUAAGUUUGUGGUAGAUCCCUGUCAUCUGCCGGGAUCCAGCUGAUGUUAUAGGGAUUAAGUAGCGACUUCCAUGUGGAUAAGACAGGGAGGUGAUAAUCUCUGCCAUUUCCCUUCAGCUGUGUUGUUGUUAUUUGCUGUCUUGGCUGCCGGUUGUGGGAGGAGUUUUGGAGUCUCCCUCUUGGCCUUCCCUAUCAUAAUAGCUUUUACCCCACAGGUCAACAGACCGAUGUGGGGCUCUGCCACCUACCACAAAUGCAGUCUAAUCUUCUGGGAAGUGGAGAAAUAACCCCUGGGGAAGGUCCGCUGACCCAGUGCAUCUACUCUGACCUGGACCUUGGCCUCCAUUUGUUGGCUGGCCUCCAAUCGCUCCUGCUCCAAUGAGGAGGCCAUAGUAGCUCUUUGGAUUCCUAAAUAUCAGUGUCAAUUCAGACUGCGUCCAACAGUCCUCGGAAGGUCUGGAUGCUUCCUUUCCUCCAUGCACAGUUACCUGUGAUUAUAGCUGUCAGUUCUUUGGGAGAAGGACUGAGGAUAUUUCUGAGUACACGUAGUACUGUGUUGUAGGGUCACUCGUCACAGGCACCUGGCUUCUCUUCUCCUUCAGUCCAUGGGUUCUGGGCCUGAGAAGUGGUUCAGGUGUGACGACUGGGCAGAAGACUGUGUCUCUUUUACUAGGCUAACUAUCAUCGGCCUCCUCAUCACCCAUGCUUGGUUUAUUUUAAGCACAUGCCUUAUGUAGUGCUCUGGUCAGCUGCCCAUCUAUCUAGACUCGAGGUUCACUGUGUUCUUUUCACCAUCUCCAUAGCUCACUGCAAAUUGGCCCCUCCCACCUGCCCCUAUGACUUUGCUGUUUGUCACAGUAAUUAUGGGAGGAGCACCAUAUUAUCCAAGAGGCGCAACUUCCACAACCACGUCCUGAUAUUAUUUUAUAGGAUUUCAAUAACAAUUUAGCAUCUACUUAUUCCUGACUUCACCUUCUUCGAAAUAACUAGGCUUCAAAAAAAGUACGGCGUCACUGCUCUGAGGUUAGAAGUUAACUUCAUUUUUAUAUUAGCAUGUUUCCACUCAGAUAGCCUUAAUUGUGCCUACAUCAAACACAAACACCAGUAGUUUACUUGGGAGAUAAUUUUUUUUUCUGAUUUUUUUUUUCAGCAAAUAUUUAUGGAGCCUAAUACAUUUUAGGCUCUUUGUUGGGUGUGAUAGAAAAACAACAAUAAAGAAAAGCUGUCUGACUUGAGAUAUUCAUUAUUCAGCCUAAUGAAUUGCCUAUGACUAGGAUAGUCAACCCGUUCAUGUAGCUCAUCCAGAAAGACAUAGAAGGACAGGCCAGUGGUUUGUCGUCAAGAUGAAAGGGUUGAGCAAUGGUUUAUUGCCCCGGAGCUCCUCUGAAUGAUAACCUGUCACCCUUGAUACAUGUUCUCCCGGACAAAGUCUGUGUGUAUUGCCCUAUGAGGAUGCACCCAGAGAAUAACCCAUUGUUAGUGGUCUCCAAACUAGGUACAUGCCCCCAGGUGUGUGUAAGGCAAUCAGUGGGGGGUUGGGCUGAAAAUAAUGUCUAUCUGUGCCCUUUUAUCCUUUGAAAAAGGAAACAAAUACACUCUAUCAUAUAUAAUCUGGAUUUUGACUAGCAGGUUUAUUCUUUUGGUUGCAUGAUAUGUAUGGAGCUUGAGACAUCCUGAAUGAAAAGUAAGAUCUCCACUGGCUGAUGGCACCUUGUUCUUUAGCUUUAAGUCUAUUGUGACCUGUGAUUGUUUUCUACUGUUAAGUAGAUUAGAUGAACAAAACAAUAGAUUUUUUUUGUAUAUAAAUAGGGGCAAGCAGUUGUUUUAAAUGUGUGGGGACUACUGUCUUUUCAGUUAUAGGCUAGAUACAUACUUAUCAUCCCAUCCACAAUACGUUGCCAUUUUCUUCCUAACCAAACAGCAAGCCUAGAUUUUUCUGGCCAUUGUUAAGCAUAUGGAGAAGGUAAGCCUUCAGGCCAUUCAGACUGGCUCUUCUGGUUAUUUUUAUUUUCUCUCACCUUUGGAAAAAAUGGUUGGGAAUAACAUUGAGUUCUGUAAAUUGCUUUGGUUUUUCCCUUACCAUUAAAUAAUCUCUUAAGGCUGCUAUGGAUGGAAUUGUGCCCCCCAUUCAUAUGCUGAAACCCUAAACCCCAAUGUGGCAGUAUCUGGAGACAGUCUUCAGAAGGUUAAAUGAAUUCAUGAGGGUGGGGCCCUUAUCCAACGGGACUGUGGGCUUAGAAGAGAAAGAUUGAUCUCUCUCUCUCUUUUUUUCUCUCUCUCUCUUUCAACUUUC